GCGGGGCGCGUGACGCGGCGCGGCGCGCGGGGCGGGGGGAGACGUGGCAGUGACGUCGGGCCCGGCCGGUGGGUCCCGGGCAGCAGCGCCGCGCGCCCGAGCCGCGGCCCGGUGAUGAGCCCCGAUGCACGCGCGGCGCCGCCACGGCUCUAGGAACGCGGAGCAGGGCGUCUACCGGGGCCCCCCCCAGACGCAGGUGCUGCCCCCCGCCAGCCCCCCCCCCGCUGCCGCCGCUGCCCCCCCGGCCGCCGCCAACAUGUCCUGCCGCGACCGCACCCAGGAGUUCCUCUCCGCCUGCAAGUCGCUGCAGGGCCGGCAGAACGGGCUGCAGCCGAGCAGACCGGCCCUGAGCGCCGCGCGGCAGCGGAGCGAGUUCGCCAUCAUGGCCAAGCGCAUCGGGAAGGACCUCAGCAACACCUUCGCCAAGCUGGAGAAGCUGACGAUCCUGGCCAAGCGGAAGUCGCUCUUCGACGACAAGGCAGUGGAGAUCGAGGAGCUGACCUACAUCAUCAAGCAGGACAUCAACAGCCUCAACAAGCAGAUCGCCCAGCUGCAGGACGUGGUGCGGGCCAAGGGCAGCCAGAGCGGGCGGCACGUCCAGACCCACUCCAACACCGUGGUGGUGUCGCUGCAGUCCAAGCUGGCCUCCAUGUCCAACGACUUCAAGUCCGUGCUGGAAGUGAGGACGGAGAACCUGAAGCAGCAGCGCAGCCGCCGAGAACACUUCUCCCGCGCCCCCGUCUCCGCCCUGCCCCUCGCCGCCGGCAACCUGGGCGGCUCCGCGGUGCUGCAGGACGAGGCGCCGCGCGCCGGGGACGUCGCCAUCGACAUGGACGCGCGGACGAGCCAGCAGCUGCAGCUGAUCAACGAGCAGGAUUCGUACAUCCAGAGCCGGGCUGACACCAUGCAGAACAUCGAGUCCACCAUCGUGGAGCUGGGCUCCAUCUUCCAGCAGCUGGCACACAUGGUGAAGGAGCAGGAGGAGACCAUCCAGAGGAUCGACGCCAGCGUGGAGGACGCGCAGCUGAACGUGGAGGCCGCCCACGGGGAGAUCCUCAAGUACUUCCAGUCCGUCACCUCCAACCGCUGGCUGAUGGUCAAGAUCUUCCUCAUCCUCAUCGUCUUCUUCAUCAUCUUCGUCGUGUUUCUGGCCUGAGCCCCCUCCCCAGCCCCGCGACAGACUCGGCCCCGCUCUGACUGUUGGGGCUCAGAGCCUUGCGGCGGCCCCAGGGCUCGGACUCACACCCAAGGAGCGGGGCAGGGACGUGCUGGCUGCCCGGACUGACGCCCCCGGGCCCUGCCGUGGCGGCAGCACCCCUGGCCGCGCGCCCGGCUCCAGGGCCGCGGCGGCGCCUCCUCGGGCUCUGCUCUCCCCGGCACGGCUCCCCGCAGCCUAUGCCGUGGCCGGUGCUGCCCGGUCAUGGUGGCUGCCGUGCCCGUACCCUCGCCCGCGGCGCCCCCCACCCCCCAUUAAAGCUUUCAGUCCCCG